GGCGCGUGACCCGGAAACCCUCGGGCACGAGCAGUAGUCAGGCGCGCUCCUGCCUGCCUCGCAAAGGCGUCGAGGCCGCGCUCAGGCUGUCUCCCAGUGUCUGGCUGUCGGUGUCCCUCGUUCCCGGGAGCUCAGUGCUGCACACCGGCCGACAGGGAGAGCGGACACCCGGACACCCUCCACCCACACCGCGUCCCGGACAUGCAGCCGCCCCCGCCGAGGCUGAGGAGCAGCAGGAGGAGGAGAUGAGGCUCCGCAAUGGCACUUUCCUGACUCUGCUCGCCUUCUGCUUCUGCAUCUUCCUCUCCCUGUCCUGGUACACGGCGUUCAGCGGGCAGAAAGGAGAUGUGGUGGAUGUGUACCAGCGGGAGUUUUUAGGCCUCAAAGAUCGGCUGCAUGCUGCGGAACAGGAGAACCUGAAACGUUCCAAGGAACUGAAUCUUGUACUGGAUGAGAUAAAGAGGGCCAUUUCUGAAAAGCAGGCCUUGCGGGAUAUCAACCGGACCUGGAGCAGCUUGUCUGAUGAAACCAAGUUAAAAUUGUGGAAUAUCACAAACAAGAAUGUGCUGCAUUUACCUACCAUCUUUCACCAUCUUCCACAUCUGCUGUCCAAGGAGAAUAGUCUACAACCAGCUGUGCAUGUGGGCCAGGGUCGGACUGGAGUAUCUAUAGUGAUGGGCAUUCCCAGCGUGAAGAGAGAAGUUCAUUCUUACUUGACAGACACCCUUAGCUCCUUGAUUUCUGAGCUGAACCAGCAGGAAAAGGAAGACUGCAUGAUUGUAGUGCUAAUUGCAGAGACUGAUGCCCAGUAUGCAACAUCAGUGGCAGAAAACAUCAAAAGCAUAUUCCCAAAUGAAAUACAGUCAGGCCUUCUGGAAGUCAUAUCCCCGUCCCCACAUUUUUACCCAGAUUUUUCACGUCUUCGAGAAUCAUUUGGUGAUCCCAGGGAGCGUGUUAGGUGGAGGACAAAACAGAAUCUGGAUUAUUGUUUCCUAAUGAUGUAUGCUCAAUCUAAAGGCACUUACUAUGUGCAGCUGGAAGAUGACAUAGUAGCCAAACCCAACUAUCUGAGCACAAUGAAGAACUUUGCCCUGCAGCAGCCAUCCGAGGAGUGGAUGAUUCUGGAAUUCUCCCAGCUGGGCUUUAUUGGAAAGUUAUUCAAGUCUCUGGAUCUCAGUUUAAUCGUUGAGUUCAUUCUCAUGUUCUACAAGGACAAACCCAUUGACUGGCUAUUGGACCAUAUACUGUGGGUAAAAGUCUGCAAUCCAGAGAAAGAUGCUAAACACUGCGAUCGUCAAAAAGCAAAUCUGAGGAUUCGCUUCAAACCAUCUCUAUUUCAACAUGUGGGGACCCAUUCCUCUUUGGCAGGGAAAAUACAGAAAUUAAAAGACAAAGAUUUUGGGAAACAAGCCUUGCGUAAAGAGCAUGUUAACCCUGCAGCAGAGGUUAGCACCAGCCUGAAAACCUACCAACAUUUCACCUUAGAGAAGGCUUACCUAAGAGAAGACUUCUUCUGGGCUUUCACACCAACUGCUGGAGAUUUUGUUCGCUUCAGAUUCUUUAAGCCUUUAAGGGUAGAAAGGUUUUUUUUCAGGAGCGGUAACAUAGAACAUCCUGAGGAUAAGCUUUACAAUACUACAGUGGAGAUUCUGCCAUUUGAUAGUCUCCAGUCUGAUAAAGAGGCACUGCAGGAGGGAAGAGGAAAGCCUUCAAAAUAUCAUAGAACACCAGAUGGAUACUUUCAAAUAGGAUCAUUUACCAAGGGUAUAGCAGAAGGUGAAGUAGAUUCUUCAUUUGGCCCAUUGGAGGCAUUGCGUCUUUCAAUCCAGACAGAUUCUCCUGUUUGGGUCAUCCUGAGUGAGAUAUUUAUUAAAAAAGCAGACUGAGUUCUUGUGGAUCAACAUAUCAGCAAAGUGAGUUUUGUGACUUCCCUUGCUGUCCCAACUCUUUCUCUCCUCUAAGUCCUGCUGUUAUGGAGAGUUUCACCAGACCUUGUGUCAGACAGAAGCAGAGACACUCGCCCAUAGUCCUACAGCUGGGGAAGACAUGACGCUGCUUCUACCAUCUAAGGAUCCCAGAAUGCACUGGUGUGCAAGCAGAUCCUGCCAGCUUCACCUAUGACACUACUUGAGACCCAGGUGAAAACCUUUCUUAGAGACCAGAUUGGACCUUCCUCCAUCACCCUCUUCACCCCAUUACUUGAGAAAAGUUAAUAGGCACCAAUUGUCUGCCAUGGAAAGCACAAUAAAUGUGUGAAAAACGGACGCCAAAGCAUUGCUUUCUGCAUUUGAUGGACUGGACAGGGCUAUUCUCAUGUGCCGAUAGGGGAAUGGGGUGAGCAGAAAAAGUAAAAACAAUAUGCCUAAUUUUCUUCAGAUUUAACUUCUUCAGCACUGCUGGCCUGCAGUGUUCUUAAGGCAUUAUGAGUGCUGGAGCAGUUAAAAUGCCGCCUUCUUUCUUUUUUCUAUUUGCCGUGAGCCAGUUUUCUUUCGCCACUCCCUUUAUAGUUUUGAAGAGACUGUAAUAUGAUCAACUGCACUUCUUAAAAUAUUAUUACAUGCUUUAGUAAAUCAAAUAAUAUAUAAAUGGCCAGUGUGUUUUUUUUUUGUUUGUUUUUUUAAAUAAGUCCUUUUCAUCACUACAGUGGUUACAGAAAUCACUAGACUACUGUCCUGUAAAGAGCUUGGGACCACCGUAAUGAUUGGAUUUAAUGAGUAAUAUACAUGUCAACUUUCUAUUAAAACAUGGACAGGUUGCACAGCUUGCAACAAGGAGUCUCCUCUUUUUAGCGUUAUGACACAAGAACUUUAUGCCAUUCUCACUGGGAAGGAUUUUGAAAUAAUUUACUUUCAUCAAGGCCAUAUCAACAUAUGCUAAAAAGCAGGGCUAGGCAUUCUCCGGUUCUCCAGGUGUUAAAGAAUUACAUAGACCAAGUUAUAGACCAUACGUUGGCAAAGGAUUAUGGGUAUUGCAGUUAAUCAACAGCUGGAUAACUGUUGUUUGCCUACCACUGCUAUACAUUGUAACCAUUACCUACCUAAUCUUCUUUUAAGUGCUGCAAAUUUGGGUUCCAAUGCUUGAGUCUAUUUUCUGUAUAUUUUGAUCCAUUUCAAUUAAGAAAAUGUUGGGGUAAUUUGGAAAUACAUUAUUUAAGGAAAGCUGUUGCCAUAACUUUCCACUUCUUCAGUUAUACACUGGGAUAUGUUACAAAUCAUAAUGUGUUGUCAUUUGUAUUUUUUAUUGAUUUCUCUAAUACAUCUAUAAGAAAAUGAAAUAAAAUUGUGCACUGUAAUUAUCUGGAUUUAGAUUUGA